AUGCAGCUUCCAAAACACGCUAAUGAAUAUUUGGUUCACUGGGCAGAUUCUUCUGAGCCUUCGUGGCUUUCUCGAUGCAUCUUACCAAAGAUGGAUAUCAAAAUUUAUAGAUUUUUAAUAGCAAAUUUGCAAAUCACGCUAAAUGCCAGAUCAACUAUAUAG